CCUUCGCAGUUCGCACUCGGCACCGGGAGCUCCCUUCUCUGCGUCGUCGAGCCGCUCCUCCACGGCGUCGCAGUUCCCAAUGGUGAAAAAGGCUAUGACAGACCAAAGAAUGAAGCGGUACAAAAUUAUCUGUUACUGUGGUGCAACGCUUAUGGUGGGGACUGAUAAAGCAGCUCUGCUCAACAGGGUCUAUCAAUACAACCAUACAGCUGCACAGAUAUGCACGAUAUACCUCACUGUCGCAUUGGUUUCCAUGCUACUAGGCAUUAUAUCUUCUUCGUUUCCCGACUCCGCCCCUUGUGCAAUGCCAAUUGCCUGGAAUGGCACUUUGCAAGUGUUUCUGUACCUGAAUGCGUACUUCCAUUUAAGUAUUAUGGAGGUUUAUCCAGAGUUGCUGCACCUAACAAUAUCGUUUAUGGUCACAUCCAUGCUUUUCAGCAUCUAUUGGUCUUUCUGCACAAGAUCCCACAGUGUGUUUGGUGGACGCCGCACAUCAUGAGUAGGUUCCUCUACAUAGUCAAGGGCUGGAUCGGUAGGGUACAUCAAAUCUUGAAUCAUUAAUGUAUGCCUUCAAAGACUAGUUAGGUAAUCAAGAAAUGAUUUGAAGUUCUGAAAUUUGGGAAAUGAGGUUGGGUGUAAUCAAGACUUGUUAUGUCACAUGAUGAUGUGAUGGUAUGAGUUAUCUGGUUUUAUUCAUGAUUUAGUUGCCUACUGAUGAUGAUUCCCUUGUGUAGCAAUAUGAACCUUGUUAGAAAUACUCUGCAUGAUCUCUUUACGCUAUAUAUGACUUCUAGAUGGGUACAGCUGGUUUCUGUACCUGCCAUCCAAGAA